UGCUGUUACUUGACCCCAGCCAGACCGCUCACGUCGACAAAAACACCGCUGCGACGCAGAAGCUCCGCGUAGAAAUACGCGACUUUUGGAAAUUCCGGAGAGCUUAAAGGCAAAUCGGUUUUAGAAUUAUAAGAUUCGAUUAACAGCCAUCAUGAACAGUAUACCGAACCAGAAUGGUAUCGGUCUUGAGCAGCAGUUCGCUGGUCUGGAUAUUCGUGGCGGAUUUCCGCCUCCUCAGGCAGCAACAAGAUUUGUUCAGCCACCACAUCGCAUGGAUGGGUUUGAUCGCACUGGUAACCAAGCAUUUACAAAUUUUAGGGGCGGCGCCUUCACCCGGGGCGCGGCAGCCGGCCGGCCGGCCUUCGGCGGCGGGUUCGACCCGCGCGGCCCGCCGCCACCCAUGCCGCCGGCCUUCGACCGGGGCUUCAGCCGCGGCGGGUACGGCGAGCGUGACCGCGACCGCGACCGCUGGACCGGCUACGGCUUCUCCGACCGUCCUGCCAACGGGUUCGGCGGCCGCGGUGGCCGUUUCGACCGCGCCGGCGACUUCGGCUUCGGCGAUCGGCGCGGCGGCUCCAAUAACUGGAACAGCUACGGCCGUAACAACAACAGCCGCUCCGGGGGCAGUGGCGUGGUGCGUUGGGGCGAGCGCCAGGAGGACCUGCAUAUGAACGACCGCUGGAAGGAGCCCAACGAGGCCGACUGGACGGUGCCGCUGCUGCGCGACUCGCGCGUCGAGGAGGAGCUCUUCAAAAAUACGAGCACGGGCAUCAACUUCGACAAGUACGACGACAUCCCCGUGGACGCCACCGGCAACGACGUGCCUGAGUGCAUUAACUCGUUCACCGAGCUCGAGCUGACGCCCAUCAUUAUUGAGAACAUCGAACUUGCCAAGUACACCACGCCUACGCCGGUGCAGAAGUACGCGUUCCCGAUCAUCCUCAAGUCGCGUGACCUGAUGGCGUGCGCACAGACCGGCUCCGGCAAGACGGCCGCCUUCCUCGUGCCGCUACUCAACCAGAUCUUCAUGAACGGGCCGCAGGGCAACGCCCCGCCAGAUGCCAAGCAGCGUCCGAUGGGCGGCCGCAAGAAGCAGUUCCCGUUGGCGCUCGUGCUGGCGCCCACCCGCGAGUUGGCCACGCAGAUCUACAACGAGGCGCGCAAGUUCUCGUACCGCUCGCACGUGCGGCCGUGCGUGGUGUACGGCGGCGCCGAUGUGGGCGGCCAGAUGCGCGACCUAGAGCGCGGCUGCCACCUGCUUGUGGCGACGCCCGGCCGCCUGGUGGACAUGCUGGAGCGCGGCAAGGUCGGCCUCGACAACUGCCGUUACCUGGUGCUGGACGAAGCCGACAGGAUGCUGGACAUGGGCUUCGAGCCGCAGAUCCGCCGAAUCGUGGAGCUGGACACCAUGCCGCCCACCAAGGAUCGGCACACCAUGAUGUUCUCGGCCACCUUCCCCAAGGAGAUCCAGCGCCUGGCGCAGGACUUCCUGAACGACUACAUCUUCCUGGCGGUGGGCCGCGUCGGUUCCACCUCGGAGAACAUCACGCAGGAGAUCGUCUGGGUGGAGGACGACCAGAAGAAGUCCUUCCUGCUUGACCUGCUGUCGGCCACUCAAAACAAGGAGGGCAACGGCGAGAACGCGGCCGAGUCUCUGACGCUGAUCUUCGUGGAGACGAAGCGCGGCGCUGACAACCUGGAGGAGUACCUGUACCGGUACGCCGGCUACCCAGUCACCUCCAUCCAUGGCGAUCGCUCGCAGGCCGAGCGGGAGCUGGCGCUCAAGAACUUCCGCAACGGCCGCUGCCCUAUCCUGGUGGCCACGGCGGUGGCGGCGCGCGGUCUGGACAUCCCGCACGUAAAGCACGUGAUCAACUUCGACAUGCCGUCCGACAUCGAGGAGUACGUGCACCGGAUCGGUCGCACUGGCCGUAUGGGCAACGUCGGCCUGGCCACCAGCUUCUUCAACGAGAACAACCGCAACCUGGUGCGCGACCUGAUGGAGCUGCUGACCGAGACCAAACAGACGGUGCCCGAUUGGCUGGAGAACUACUCGCUGGAGGUGCACAAGUCUUCUGGCCACGGUCGACGCGGCGGCAAGAGGUUUGGCGGCGGGUUCGGCGGGCGCGACUACCGUCAGCAGAACCGCAGCGGCGGCUACAAUAAGAGCAACCAGGGCUACAACCAGAGCAAGAUGGGCGGCGGUGGCGGCGGGGGUGGCGCCUUCCCUGCCUACGGCAUGCCCCCCAUGGGAGGCAUGUACGGAUAUCCGAUGCAAAUGGGCGGAUACGGCGGCGCUUACGCGGCCGCGCCGCCGCACGCCGCCGGUGGCACCGACAACACUUGGUGGGGCAACUAGGCGCGCCGCCGCCGCCGCCCGCCUGCACUCGCGCGCGCCUCUCUCCUAUCCGCCUCUGUCGUAGUCGCUGUCGGCAGCAGCCCGCCCCGUCCCCCGAUAUACCCAGGGCUCGAGAAUCGCGCGCCCACCCCGGCCCCAGCCCCCC